AUGUCUUCAAUCACAAUCGCAACCCUUCCCCGCAUGAGUCGAGAUGUCCUCUCGUCACUACUCUUAUCAACAAACACACCCAGCAAAUUAGCCAUAAUAGACGUCCGCGACUCAGACCACGUAGGCGGCCACAUUCACACCUCAACCUGGGUCCCCAGCUCUAGCCUCGACUACCGUAUGCCCGAACUCGUGCGCACCCUCGCCGACAAAGAAAAAGUCGUCUUCCACUGCGCUCUGAGUCAACAACGUGGUCCUUCUGCAGCAUUACGAUAUGUACGCGAACGUGAACGUACGUUGGGCGUAGAGGAGAGUAAGAAACAAGAGGUUUAUGUUUUGGAGGGAGGGUUCGUGCAUUGGCAGGAAAAGUUUGGGAAUGAUACGAGGUUGACGAAGGAGUAUGUUGAGGAUAUUUGGAGGGAGUAUUGA